CCAUGGCCACCCAAAUAAUCAUGGAGACGAUCGAGACGAUGAUGUUGUUGUAUAAGCAAGCAGCAGAAGGAAAGGAGGGCAGAGCAGAGUUGGCACUGCCAUGCUGACGACGCGGCUGCAGCCCCGCCCCCGCCCCCGCCCCCUUCUCCGUCUCCGUGGCGGCGGCAACGCCGUCUUCACCGACAGCUUCAAGAAGAAGAAGAGCAAGGCGGCGGUGUCGUGUGUGGCGCAGGUUGAGGUGUCGGUGUCGGACUCGGAGCUGGCGGCGCGCGGGUUCGCAGUGCGGCGCAGCACGUCGGGGCUGGACGUGGGGGCGCUGAACGAGGUGUUCGCGCGGGUGGGGUUCCCGCGGCGGCAGGAGGAGCGGCUGCGGCGCGCGCUGGAGCACAGCGAGGUGGUGUGGCUGGAGGAGGCGGGGCGGCCCGUGGCGUUCGCGCGCGCGGCUGGCGACGGCGUCUUCAACGCGGUGGUGUGGGACGUGGUGGUGGAGCCGUCGUGCCAGGGGCUGGGCCUCGGCCGCGCCGUCAUGGAGCGGCUCGUCGGCGAGCUGCGCGCCAAGGGCGUCUCCAACAUCGCGCUCUACGCUGAGCCCCGCGUGGUGGGCUUCUACCGCCUGCUCGGCUUCGCCAUGGAUCCCGACGCCAUCAGGGGCAUGGCCUUCUACCGCUCCAGGCAACAACAAAACACCACCUCCUAGCCUUAGCCUGCAUCUUCCUUUUCAUAUAUAAAUCUUGUACACAAAUAAAUAUAUACCACCCUUUUUUUUUUGUCAGCCAUUUUGCCAUCUGAGAUUAAUUAAGCUCAUUCUUCUAUAUCAAAAACAAGAGAUAUAUCGUGACGCUCAAGUUGCACAGCGAAAUUAAAUCAUCAAAUCAAAUCCAUUGAUCACACUAGCUAAUUACAUUUCACCACCUCUCUCGAUCAGAAGGAAAAAAAACAUGAGAUUUUUUUUUCUGCUUGCUUGCUUGUUGCACAUUGCAGAAUAUAUAAGUACGUACAUACAUGAUGCACACGAACAGACGAACUGAACGUUAAACAGCGGGCGGGUACAUGCAUCACAUCGAAAGAAAAAACGCAAUAAAAUCAAUCGAGAAAUCAAACCGGUUGCAUGCAGCUAGCUCGAUCGAUCAUUUGGAGAAUGAUGACAGGCAGGCUACUCAUGGAUGGAUGGAUGGAGUAUAGUAGGUAUAUAUAUAGGAAUAGGACUAAUAUAACUAGGAGCGGCGCAUGGUGCAGGCGG